CAACGCCCUCUAUAUAUAUGGCACCACUUUGUGUGACACGUACAUCAACAAAAGAAACUCCUUUUGCUUACAUCUUCCUCUAAAUUUUAGUGCUUUAUAUGUGCUCUGCUUCUUCUCUAUUUUCAUACGCGUUCUUCAUCACAAAAACAGAUACUGUUCAAACUUCAAAGGCAGAGAUUGUUGAUUGAAAAGAUAUAUGAAGAGGAUGCCAUUUAGAUUUAUUUAGCAGCUGGUUGGUGGUUAUUCAUGUUUCAAAUGAUUCAUGAAAUCUAGAAUGUGAGAAUUGUGUAAGUGUAUGAGUAUCCAUGGUAAUUCUUAGUGAUGGGGUUCUUAAACAUGAAGAAAAAAUGGAUCUUUCCUAUCAUCAUGACCUCUGCUUUUUGUAUUCUCUUUCUAGCCACAUCCUUGUACAUAGGCCUUGUAUCUUCAAUUCACUCCAUCAAUUCACUAUUCUUCUUUCUCCCAUCACAUUCACAACCAAACCAAACUUCCCUCCCAUUUGUGGAGAGGAAGAUUUCUCCUGCUCUGGCUCCUUCUAAGCCUGCAAUUCCGCGUUUUGCGUAUUUGAUCGCCGGCUCCAAAGGUGAUUUGGAUAAGCUUUGGAGAACACUUCUCGCGCUUUACCAUCCGCUAAACCAUUAUGUUGUUCAUUUGGACCUUAAAUCGCCCUUAGAAGAAAGGUCGGAGCUUGCUUCUAGAGUUGAGAAACAGCCUGUCUUCUCAGAGGUUGGAAAUGUUUUUGUAAUUACAAAGGCUAAUAUGGUAACCUAUAGAGGACCGACGAUGGUUGCUAAUACUCUUCAUGCUUGUGCCAUUCUGCUCAAGAGAAGUAAAGACUGGGACUGGUUUAUUAAUCUUAGUGCUUCAGACUAUCCUCUUGUCACUCAGGAUGAUCUACUAUAUACUUUUUCGAAUUUAGAUAGAGGCCUUAACUUCAUUGAGCACACGAGUCGGUUAGGAUGGAAGCGGGAUAAACGAGCAAUGCCUUUAAUUAUAGACCCUGGGCUUUACAUGUCAACCAAGUCUGAUGUAUUUUGGGUCAAUCCUAAGAGAACUUUGCCAACUGCGUUUAAACUAUUCACUGGUUCAGCAUGGAUGGUUUUAUCGCGUGAAUUUGUUGAAUAUGUUGUCUGGGGUUGGGAUAAUCUGCCAAGGACCCUUCUCAUGUACUACUCUAAUUUCAUAUCUUCCCCUGAAGGCUACUUUCAGACAGUUGCAUGCAAUGUGCCAGAAUUAGCGAAAACCGUUGUCAACAGCGACAUGCAUUAUAUUUCCUGGGACAAUCCUCCUAGACAGCACCCUCACGUCCUUAACAUCAACUACACUGAAAAAAUGAUUGCAAGUGGUGCUGCAUUUGCCAGAAAAUUUAAGCAAGAUGACCCAGCCCUGGAUUUGAUUGAUAAAAAAUUCCUACACCGGAGAAAUGGACUAUUCACACUCGGCGGGUGGUGUUCCGGUAAACCCAAGUGUACCGAGGUUGGGAACAUUUAUAAACUCAAACCUGGUCCGGGAUCUCAGAGGCUUCAGCGCCUUGUAGCUGAGCUAACAUUGAAGGCUCAAUCUGGUCGUGAUCAGUGUAAGUAGAUCCUUGGAGAUGGAACAGUCACAUAGAUAUAGGUUAUUUUUGUAGCCAAGUGCACUAUUUUAGCCCCCAAUUGAAUGGAAAUAACAUUUGAAGUUCGAGUGCCCAUUCACACUUUAGCUAUAUUGCCUCUAUAUCUAAUAUCAAUCAGAGUAAUCUUUCUUUUUGAACAUAA